AUUAGAGAAAGCAAUAAACAUUUCUUCAAAUUAUUCUUCUUCUUUUCUGUUUCUAACAUAGUAUCAGAGCUAUAAGCUCCUGGUUCUUCUUCUUUUUAUCAUCACUGCUUGGUUUAUGAGUUAGAUUUUUAGAUCUAUUCAAGAUCUGAAACUUUGUCAUUGGAUUCUCUUCUCCUACAAAUUGGAUUGUUCAUUCUCAAUUCUCAGGCCUUUUCUGAGCCACCUGAAGGAAAAAAAAAAGAAAGGGAACCCAGCCAGCCUUUGAGAAAUUGGUGAGAUAAGCUUGGUUUUCUCCUUCCUUUCUUGUUCUAGAGCCCAUAAAGAACCCAGAAACCUUCUUCCCCUGCUGGAAAAGCCGGAUCUGCCCUGCUCUGCUUUGUCCUUCCGCCGGCUGCUCUUGAUUGUGGGUGAUUUCUGGGCAUUUUUUGCGCUUGCCGCCGGCCUCUUCCCCCAACCUGCAGUCCGGUUUUGCUUGCAAAUUCUGAUUUAGUGGUAUCAGAGCAUAAGUUUAAAUUAAGAGCUUAGGUUGAAAUUAAGAGCUUAGGAUUAAAUUAAGCACCUCUAGAUUGAGUGGCAUUAGAGCAGAUUGAGUGAUAUCUGAGCCUAGGUUUAAUUGAAUACCUAGGAUUUGUUUUGGACUUGGCUAGCCAGUGGAUUUUAGAACCGUGGUGAGACGAGUGAUGGGGUAUAUAAGGAACGAUUCUGAUUCAUGUUGCCUGAAUUUUCUCAUCCAUUUCGAUGAGAUGGUGAUAUGAUUGUUCUUGUUUCUUGCCUUCAUACUCUGUGUGAAGUUGUGAAAGUGAUCUUGCUUGUUAUGUCCUGAAGACCUUGUUUUGAAACUUGGUCAUUUUCUGAUAGUCCGCACUUGUUUAGGCUUGUUACGUGAAUAGAAUUUUUGUGUGCUCUUUUGCCACAAUUGUGAAAUCUGGGGAGUUGCAGAGACUUUUGUUAUUGAUCUUGUCAGUCUCUACAGCAUAGCUGGUGGAGAAUUUGUUUUGUUUGUCGCAUGACCAGUGGAGGAUGGGAUGACUUGAUUGUAAAUCUGCUUAACCUCCAUGGGCUACGAGGUGAAGGGGUAGUCUUUGAAGUACCUGAUGCCCUAGAGUUCUGUUCCAAGUGAAAUGGUUCUUUGAUUUGGCUGUUUUGAUUUUUGUUUGCCCUUUUAAUUAGAAGACAGUAAUCUUCUAAGCAUCUUGAUCCCAACCAUUGCUUUGUUCUGUUAAAUUAAUUCGUGUUACUUGGGUUGUUAAAUCUUGACAUCCUGAUUAUAUCUACCCUUGAAUUCGUGUUCUGGUUGUCAUUAUUGAAAUCUCUUUUGCGGGCUUAAUCCUUGAAUUCUAUUGCUUGUUUCAUGGUUAACUCUUGUUUCUCAAUUUUGACUGCUUGGUUAAAUGUGAUCUUAAUUCUUGGUGAAUGCCACUUUGUUGCUGAAUUUUUUGAGGCAUUCUACCUUGCACUCUUAUGUUCCAAUAUUUUUCCAAGCAUUCAUAUUUUCCAUUGAUUUUAUUCUGUUGCAAUUCUUGAGAUUCUCACAUGUCUUUUGAUGGUCCUAGCUUUUAACUCUUGUUAAUUGCUAAAAUUUGCCUCUUGAUUUCAGUUGCUUUGUUAAACAAGAUCUUGGUUCUGGUUGACCUUGUUUUGUGGCAAAAUUUGUAAGGCAUCCAUGCAUUUGUUCAUUCAUUCAUGAUUCGUACAUCCAUUGGAUGCUUAUCCGUCUUUGAUAAGAGUUCAAAAUUUUGUUGUACUAGUCUGUAAAUCCAUGCCAUUCUUUGUCAACUCGUCUUGUGAUGGGUUCGAAGCGUAACCCCACAAUUGUUCUUUGUGGCUUUGGCUAGAUUUAUUUAUAUUCCUUGUGCUUUCCGUAUUACCCCAGCCUCCAGUAGCUUAUUUGAUGGCAAAUCUUGUUAAGUGAUUAGUGUUCUGCUUUUUAAGAUUAGUUGUGAUUUGAUUUCAGAGUGGCGCAACGGAAGUGUAGUAGGACAUGUUCUGUUUAUAAGAGUUGUGAGGCAAUUGAUUUGUCUCGGAUUGUGUGAAGCCAUUCACCACUUGAUAUGGUCCUCAAUUUGAGUUUUGG